AUGCCUAAUUUACUGCAGAAUGGAGAAGCGUCAAAAGGAGAAGGAAGUUUAUACGAAAAACUGAAAGAGAACCUCGAAACUGCACGAGACCUCACAGACACGUUGAAGCGGGAAAAAUGGCGGCUCAGCAGACGACAAAUGAGUGUAGAGUUACGAAUGGGAGAACUGGAGGAAUAUAAAUCACAUCUAAAACAAGAUAUGACGGACAUGAAUCAGACAGUGGAGUCACUGAGCAUGCGCAUAAUUCAGCUGGAAGACAUGCUUGUGGAAGCCCAAGAGUUGCAAGAACAUACUGAAGCUGAAAGAGCUGUCACACAAAAGCGCCUAGAUGAAUCAGAGAAAACAAUAAAAGGUGUUGCUUUAUUGGUAAACCCUUAACCUGCAGAAUUUCUUUAAUUCACUUAAUUAGCUUCCAUUUUGCAGGUUGGUCUGACUAUGUUCUGGUAACAUUAUGCUCAUCACUUUAAUCAGAAGUGUUAAAGUGUUCAAGGGAAGUUGAUAUUUUUAUCAGACAUGAAUACGCUGAACAUUAUUGUCUUUUGGAAUUAUACAAGUUUUAAUUGGUGUUUUACCUCUAAAUCCUACCGUCAGUUAAGGCCUUAAGACAUAAAUACCCACGCUUGAUCAUGUAUUGAUAAUAAAAAAACGCCAUUAAUUAUCGUUCCUCAGUAUUGUCACAUGUUACUUUUUAUUUGUAAAUCUUGCCUUUCUUUACGUUAAGGUUUGGUUGGCCUGUGCCACUUUUACGAUAAAAGGUAUGUCUCUUUGUUAUUAUCGUAGUACAAUUUACAAUUAUUUUGAUUAACAGACACGUGUUUCAAUUUUCAACAGCGAUUACUUUUUCCCCUCAAGAAUGAUGCUACAUAUAUGUGUGUGUGUGUGUGUGUGUGCGUGCGUGCGUGCGUGCG